GGGAUCGAUCCAAAACGGGGGAGCGGCGGGAAUGCUGCCGCUGCGGCUGCCGCGCCCCUUUGAUGGGAUGAAGAGUGAGGGAGGGAGCCCCCGCAGUUGGAUCCGUAACCAGGUACUUACUCACGGCUUCUUCAAAUCCUUCUUCUUUUGUCUUGUGCCCCACCUUGGAGGAGGAGCAGCAGCAGCAGGGAAGGCGGGACAUGGAGGAAUGAGGCAAGUAGCUGUCUUCGUGGAUUGCAGCCUUCUCGGGGCUCCCUUCUCCACCUCGACGAUCACGCUGCCAUAGCCAUGCCAUACGGAUGCUUUGCUCCUCUAGCUGGAGAAGUGACCUACUGUGCACGCAGGGUGUAGCUUGCGGAUAAUGGUAAUGGUGCUGCGGGUGGGUACAGAGCUCCUUGCAAAGUGUCCUUUGCGUGCCGCAUCGGUUCCGCUUUAGUGUUGUGAGACAUAUCGUCCGUCGUGAAGUUGCAGUGGACGAUCGAUCGAUUGGAAUUUUAGGGUAUCGAUGACGACGGAGGACCCUCAGCUGGUGAUGCUCCCAGGAUUGUGGCACUGGCCUCCGCGAUGGGAGGAAGCCAGCCAGCCCACGAUCAGUGACUUGGCGCUCGUGCCUUUCUUCGCUCUCCUAUUCCCUACCUUGCGUUUCGUCCUUGAUAAAUUUGUUUUCGAGAGAAUGGGAAGAAAAUCGAUUGCUGGGUUAUCACCAGAGGCUUUGUUGAAACUGUCGGACGUGGAGCGCGAGGAGAACGAGAAAAAGCUAAUCAAGUACAAGGAAUCGGCCUGGAAGUGUGUGUAUUACUCGACGGCCGAGUUGCUUGCUUUGGCUGUCACGUACAAUGAGCCUUGGUUCACGCAGACGAAGAUGUUCUACCUUGGCCCAGGCGACCAAGUAUGGCCCUACCUAAACGCAAAGCUCAAACUGAAGAUGUUGUACGCCUUUUCUAGUGGAUUCUACACCUACAGCAUAUUUGCUCUAUGCUUUUGGGAGACAAGGCGGAAAGAUUUUGGUGUUAGUAUGACUCAUCAUGUCGGGGCACUCGGGCUGCUCAUAGUCUCUUACAUUGUCAACUUACAACGUGCAGGAUCUGUAAUACUUGCUGUACAUGAUGCGAGUGAUGUAUUCUUGGAAGUUGGCAAGCUGACUAAGUACAGCGGCCUGGAUUAUGUACCUGAAAUCGCCUUCGGACUAUUUGCAGUUUCCUGGAUUCUGCUGCGACUCCUAUAUUUUCCCGUUGUCCUUGUCAGGAGUACUACGUAUGAGGUGCUGGUUGUAUUGGACAAAGACAAGUAUCCAAAUGGACCGUAUCUAUAUUACAUUUUAAAUACAUUGCUGAUCUGCCUGUUAGUCUUGCACGUUUAUUGGUGGAUCCUGAUCUGGAGGAUGAUAAAGAAGCAGAUUCAAAAUUCUGGGAAAGUCUCUGAUGAUGUUCGCUCUGACUCAGAUUCAGAUUCAGACGUGGAUGAAGACAAAGACAAAAAGGAGUGAUGAUCUGCACCUAGCAGUGCCUCAAUUCCCCGCUAAAAGAGACCCUGUUGACUCCAACAAUUUGAUCCAAGCAUUCUUCUCUUUGCAUUCUGACAAAAAUGUUUUUGAACGGUUCAUUUGCUUGAAUGCCAAUAUUAUGUUUCAAGUUUACCAUUCACUUUUCAA